AUGUGGGGUGGACGCUUUGGAUCCAUCUGCAAGGCAACGUUGUUGGCCACAGUGCUCUCUACGCUGUUGCUCAACCCUGUCGACGCUGAGGAAGAGGGAUGCCGGUGCAAACGGACCAUGAAAGGCCGUGAACAUCUGCAUCCAAAGGUGCACCCGUUGCCUACCAUGUCGCUGGACGAAGUGCAGGAGCUCGAGCAGCUCCCUAAGCAUUUAGACUGGUGCGAGCGUGGCUUCUGCGUCCCGAGUUGGAACCAGCACAUCCCGCAGUACUGUGGCUCGUGCUUUGCUCACGGUGCCAUGUCGAGCGCCCAAGACCGUAUCAAGAUCGCCAACACGCGGCGUAAAUACACCGGAGCAGACGUGAUGUUGGGGCGUCAGAGUUUCCUCAACUGUGCACCGGGUCACGGACUGUCCGCCGGCUGUGACGGCGGAGAAGCGUCUGACGUGUACGAGUUCAUGCGCCUCUAUGGACUGCCGGACGAGUCCUGCCUGCCAUACAACGCAACGGAUCACACUAAAUUCCAUGGCACCAAUGGCACAUGCCCACCGCACGGAUACUGCAUGAACUGCAUGUACACACCGGAGAGUAAAAAGGUGCCACAGUGUUUUCCUGUAACCAAAAUGGUACGCUACCGGGCCAAAAGCCACGGCCACUUGUCGGGUGAACUUGCGAUGAUGAAGGAGAUCAUGAAAGACGGCCCCAUCACGUGUGGCGUUGCGUGUAGUGACGAGUUUACCUUCAAGUACAAGGCUGGCAUUAUCGACGACAAGACGGGCGUCACGCUCAGUGACAUCGACGAUCUGGGCAAAUUGACGUUGCAAAGUCCAACCGAGACUUCAACGAGCGAAGUGGGCGAAUGGCGCGACCGCGUUGCUAGCGUUGCCAAUUUUGUGCAUACGCCUCGUGUGUUCCGAGCGCUUGCCAUCCCAAAACGCGGACGAUCACGAGGAGUAUUGCAAAAGGUGCUAAUGGACAUGCUCGCCCACUCGACAAUACUAGAAGACGAACUCCACAACAUUCGAGCCAGAACGAUGGUCGUCUGGGGCGACCAGGACGAAGUGCUCGACGUGUCGUGCCUCAAGGUGAUCGACGACAAACUCAACGUUACGCGCAAACACGUGUUGGUGCUCGAAAAAUGUGGCCACCUCAUUCCUAGCGACAAGCCGGUGGAAUGCGUUGACGUGCUCAACAAAUUUCUAGCGGACGAGGAGCUCAGCUUCACGUUCGCCCUCGCCGGACAGCAGGCCGUCAUGGCUUUUUAGUUGCAACACCGUUCCCGCCAGAACGAAUGGCGAGGUAUUUAUCAUUUAUAAGCGGCAUGAGUUAAUACAUUGCGUCUUAGGAAAACUCUUCUAUGCUGUAGCGAGG